GAACGUCACCAUGGUGAUUUGUCUGUAAACGACGCCAUUGUUGUUUAGCAUGUUGGCUUGUUGUGCACACUUCAAAUCUAGAUUUACACGAUUUGUUGUACACUUCUUGCAAGCAUAGGACCAUGUUCACGAGUGUGGCAAGCGUUUUUCAUCAGGCUCGGGAAGAGUUGAGAAAGUCUCAACAAUCUACCAUUGGUGCCUCCCUCUCCGACCAUCCUGUCCCUCUCCCACUUUCAACUGCUGAAGUUGAUUCCCUGCCCAUCACCCAGACCCCUCUCCCUAACCCUGCCCUCCGGUCAUUGUGCGGUUCCUCCAUGAACUUAGAGCAGGACAUCCCAGAGAUAGACUUGGGAGAUCCCACAAAACCAUGUGCAAUGCUUUCCUCCAUUGACUUGAGGCAGGACAUCCCUGAGAUAGACUUGGGAAAUCCCACAUCACCAUUUACAGUACAGCCUGUAAACACAGAAUCCUAUGUCCUGAUUGAUGUGAGCCACCUGGAAGAACCAAGUCAGCCACAGUCAUUUGAGACAGCAUGCUGCUCCAGUGUCUUCAGCUUCAUCAAGGGACUAUUCACUCUGUACUAGAUGGACAUGUGAUGUGGAUUAUAAAUAUAAUGUAUUCAUAAAGAAUUCCUGAAACCUAUUUGGACUAUUUUAAUGAAACAAAAUGAAAUGAUCUUAUGUCACUGAAAAGUUGUGUUAUUUUUUAUAUAGACAUACACAGUAGUUUUUGAAACUGAAAGGCAUGAAUCAAAUUUGCAGGGACUGUUUAUAUGGUCAUACCCAGUACCACUUAUAGCUACUG